AGUGAGUGUCUGUGUGUGUGCGCGCGCGCGCGCGCGAGAGAGAGAGUUAACCGCUGUUAUACCGAUUACAGCUUAUCUGCUCUGCGAGUCUGUCACUGUCUGUCCACUUGAGGGUUCUCCCCUCUGUGAACGACGCGAUACGCUCUCCCGCUUCUUAGCUGUUGUUCAGUUAUAGUCGCGUGCUUUUUUUUUUUUUUUUUGUUCCCAGUAGAAUGGAUUUAUUCUAGUGCUUGUGGAACUCGAAGAUCUUUACUAUGAGUUCCUCUGCUGAAGCGCUUCCGUCAGCGGGGCAACUUUUCCGUGCGCCACGGCGCCGCUGAGCCGCGAGUCUCUCGGUCGGAAAGUUCACACGCAACCCCCGGCGAACAUGGGCUCGCAGUGAAAACUCCCGACUUGUCCCACUUUUCUUCCUCUCUUCCAAACCCGGUACGACAAAAUGCAGAAGAGCGUCCGCUACAACGAAGGGCACGCGCUGUUUCUGUCGGCGGUCGCGCGUAAAGAGGGGACCAAGCGCGGCUACCUGAGCAAGAAGACGGCGGAGAACAGCCGAUGGCACGAGAAGUUCUUCGCCCUCUAUCAGAAUAUACUCUUCUACUUCGAGAACGAGCAGAGCGCGCGACCUGCCGGGAUUUACCUGUUGGAAGGAUGCACCUGCGAGCGCGCGCCGGCGCCCAAGAUGUCCACCACGGGGAAGGAAGCGCUGGAGAAACAGCACUACUUCCUCAUCGUGUUUGGUCAUGAUGGACAGAAACCACUGGAGCUGCGGACAGAGGAGGAGAGUGAGUGUGAUGAAUGGGUGGAGGCCAUCCAGCAGGCCAGUUACUCUGACAUCAUCAUCGAAAGGGAGGUGCUGAUGCAGAAAUACAUCCACCUCAUACAGAUAGUGGAGACUGAGAAGGUGGCUGCCAAUCAGCUGCGCACGCAGCUAGAGGAUCAGGACACAGAAAUUGAGAGGCUCAAAGCUGAGAUUGUAGCUCUGAACAAAACCAAGGAGCGAAUGCGGCCUUACCAUAUCAACCAUGAAAAUGAAGACCCAGACAUCAAGAAAAUCAAAAAGGUGCAGAGUUUCAUGCGGGGCUGGCUCUGUCGGAGGAAGUGGAAGAUCAUCGUUCAGGAUUACAUCUGCUCCCCUCACGCUGAGAGCAUGAGGAAGAGGAACCAGAUCGUCUUCAACAUGGUGGAGGCGGAGACAGAGUACGUCCACCAGCUGUACAUCCUGGUCAACUGUUUCCUCAGACCUCUGAGGAUGGCCGCCAGCUCCAAGAAACCCCCCAUCAGCCAUGACGAUGUCAGCAGCAUCUUCCUCAACAGCGAGACCAUCAUGUUCCUACAUGAGAUUUUCCACCAAGGCUUAAAGGCAAGGAUAGCCAACUGGCCAACUCUGGUGCUGGCUGAUCUAUUUGACAUCCUCCUGCCCAUGCUGAACAUCUACCAGGAGUUUGUGAGAAACCAUCAGUAUAGCCUGCAGGUUUUGGCCAACUGUAAGCAGAACAGAGACUUUGACAAGCUGCUGAAACAGUAUGAGUCCAACGCUGCCUGUGAGGGAAGGAUGCUUGAGACCUUCCUCACGUACCCCAUGUUCCAGAUUCCCCGCUACAUCAUCACCUUGCAUGAGUUAUUGGCACACACACCUCAUGAGCAUGUGGAGCGCAAGAGUCUUGAAUUCGCCAAGUCCAAAUUAGAGGAACUGUCCAGAGUAAUGCAUGACGAGGUGAGUGACACGGAGAACAUCCGGAAGAACUUGGCGAUAGAGAGGAUGAUAGUGGAGGGCUGUGACAUCCUGCUGGACACAAGCCAGACCUUCAUCAGGCAGGGCUCUCUGAUCCAGCUGCCAUCAGUGGAGCGAGGGAAGCUAAGUAAGGUCCGCUUGGGUUCUCUCUCUCUGAAGAAGGAAGGGGAAAGGCAGUGUUUCCUUUUUACCAAGCACUUCCUCGUCUGCACACGCAGCUCCGGGGGGAAACUGCACCUUCUCAAGCAAGGUGGAGUUUUGUCCCUGAUCGACUGCACCCUCAUAGAGGAACCAGAUGCCAGUGACGAGGAGUCUAAAGCUGGUGGUCAGGUAUUCGGUCAGCUGGACUUUAAGCUUGUUGUAGAGCCAUCGGACUUACCUUCGUUCACUGUGGUGUUGCUGGCACCUUCGCGUCAGGAGAAGGCUGCAUGGACCAGUGAUAUUAGCCAGUGUAUAGAUAAUAUCCGCUGUAAUGGUUUGAUGACCAGUGUAUUUGAGGAGAACUCCAAAGUCACUGUGCCUCAUAUGAUCAAAUCCGAUGUGCGUCUCCAUAAAGAUGAUGUUGACAUUUGCUUCAGCAAGACGCUCAACUCCUGCAAGGUCCCCCAGAUCCGCUACGCCAGCGUGGAACGGCUGCUGGAGAGGCUGACCGACCUGCGUUUCCUCUCCAUAGACUUCCUCAACACCUUCCUGCACACAUACAGGAUCUUCACCACGGCAACGGUGGUCAUGGACAAACUGGCCGACAUCUACAAGAAGCCCUUUUCCUCCAUACCUAUCAGGGCGCAGUACCACUCAUUUGACCGUCUGUCCAUCUCAUCCAUCUGUCCCGACUACAGCCUGAAGAUCAAGAAGAUAGCCAUGGAUCAGUCCAAGUCCUUGGAGCUGUUCUUUGCCACCAAUCAGAACAACAGAGGAGGUGAGCACAUGAACGACAAAUCUCCUCGUCUCUGCCGCAAGUUCUCCUCUCCUCCUCCUCUUUCCAUCCCGUCCCACACCUCCUCCCCUGUCCGAGCACGAAAGCUUUCCCUCCACUCGCCCAUCACUGCCAGGGUUGGAGGCCUGGACCUGACCAGUCCUCUGUCAAACUUCAGUGUCAACCACAACACCUCCCAGUCUGCUGCCAGCAGCCCUACAUCUGCCCACACCCCUCAGACCCCAACGCCUCAGACCCCAACCCCAACCACCACUUCUCCCCCUCCGCCUCCCUCCUCCACUUCUCCCCCACCCAACAACUCCAAGCCACAACAAGACCAAGUUCCUCCCGUUCCUACGUCCCCGGACCAGAGUCCCAGCCCGACUGCAGAGGGAGAGGAGGUGCCCAGGAUCGACCCCUUUUGUGGGAAACUGCGACGGAGCAUUCGUAGAGCUGUUCUGGAGUCAGUGUCGCUGGAGAAAAUCAUCCCAGAGUCUCCUCAGAGCAGUGAAGCAGGUGACAUGUCUCCAUGUCGCUCUCCCUCCACACCUCGACACCUCCGAUACAGACAGCCUGGAGGCCAGUCAGGGGAGAACUCACGCUGCUCAGUCUCUCCUGCCUCGGCCUUCGCAAUCGCCACAGCCGCCGCAGGACAUGGUACACCACCAGUCUUUACUAACUCUGAAAGAACUUGUGAUAAAGAGUUCAUCAUCCGUCGAGCUGCAACCAACAGAGUUCUCAACGUGCUGCGCCACUGGGUCUCCAAACACUCACAGGACUUUGAGAUGAAUGGGGAGCUGAAGAUGUCAGUGAUCUGUCUCCUGGAGGAGGUGCUCAGAGAUCCAGACCUUCUGCCUCAGGAGAGAAAAGCUACUGCCAACAUACUAAGUGCCCUUUCUCAAGAUGAGCAGGAUGAUGCCCAGCUGAGGAUCGAGGACAUCUUACAGAUGGCGGAUUGUCCGAAGGCCGAGUGUUUUGAGUCUCUCUCGGCCAUGGAGCUGGCUGAACAGAUCACUCUGCUGGAUCACAUUGUCUUCAGGAGCAUUCCUUAUGAAGAGUUCCUGGGCCAGGGCUGGAUGAAGGUUGAUAAGACAGAGCGGACGCCCUUUAUCAUGAAAACUAGCCAACACUUCAAUGAUAUGAGUAACCUGGUGGCAUCACAGAUUAUGACACACACCGAUGUGGGCUCGAGGGCCAACUCCAUCGAGAAGUGGGUUGCUGUGGCUGACAUCUGCCGCUGUCUCAACAACUACAACGGAGUGCUGGAGAUCACAUCUGCUCUCAAUCGCAGCGCCAUCUACCGCUUGAAGAAGACUUGGGCUAAAAUCAGCAAACAGACUAAAGCCCUGAUGGACAAACUUCAGAAGACCGUGUCCUCUGAGGGAAGAUUUAAAAAUCUGAGGGAAACUUUGAAAAACUGCAACCCUCCAUGUGUGCCAUACCUGGGAAUGUAUCUAACAGAUCUGGCCUUUAUUGAGGAAGGGACGCCCAAUUUUACUGAGGAAGGUCUUGUUAACUUCUCCAAAAUGAGAAUGAUAUCCCAUAUCAUCAGAGAGAUACGACAGUUCCAGCAGACUCCCUACAGAAUAGAGCAUCAAGCCAAGGUGACGCAGUACCUUCUGGAUAAGACUCUGAUCAUGGAUGAAGACACACUCUAUGAUCUCUCGCUGAAGAUCGAGCCCAGGCUUCCCGCCUGAGUUACAGCUGUUUGUGGCCAGCGGGAGCCUGCCGAACCUGGACCCCCCCCCUCCCCAAAGGGCAACACGCCCACGCAAUCUCAUCAAUCAAGAGGAAAUCAAGAAGUUUGGAAAUGGAAAUAAAGGACUGAUGUGAGAGAUAGCUUGAGAGCCAAGUGUGAGGACAGCUGUAGAAGCUUCAGAGUUGUACAAGCGACUGAGGGGGCAUGAGAAAUGGACAGGCUGAGAAUUUGUAAAGCGUUGGGCUGAUUUGCCUUCAAGGAAAACGAGCUGCGUUGCAUGAGGGUUUUGAGGAAAUGGCAUGUCGCUGUGUGUGUGUGUGCUCAUCAUUCCUCAGUGGAGAGUGUGGUUGCACGAGACAUCACACUUCCUCUGACAGCCUGAGAGAGAAGGAAAGGCUGAGAGCAUGGAGGGAAUGAAAUACAGUGGGUAUAAUAGAGAUGUAGCAUAUACAGAUAGUGUGACAGAGAGAUGUCUGAGCUCGUGUCUCUGUGCUGUUGUCUGUGUUCUGUUGCCUGUGCAUUUCUGUGCCAUGUCCUGGAGUGAGAGCCCCAAAAACGCUUUCUGUCAUGAUGGUCACUGCAUUAAACUUGCAUGAUUUCAGCUUGGGAUGUAACUGUGUUAAUGGCCUUCAACCUGACCCCUGACCCUCAGCUUAGCAUGCUUCACUCUUAACCAGGGUGACUCUCUAAGCCACUAUGCACCCUCAGUGGGCUGGGUAUGGCGAAACGCCUUUAAGCCUUCAAAUAUAAUGUAGAAAAGACACUAAAUUGAAAUAUAAAAAUAAUUUGAAAUGGAAAAUUUGAUAUAUUUUAAUGAAUGGGCCGACUUUUUCAUUGAUGGAACAAUUAAUUCUGUAUUUGUCUUUAGUCGGCCUUUGCCUAAAGACCUCCCAUGAGAAUGGAGAGCUGCUUUUUUAAGAAAAAAAUGUCCACAUGAAUGAUACAAAAUUAAAAACUUUAUCAGUGCCUUCCACUAGUGUAGGUCAAUCUCCCCACAAUUGCCAAUUUACAAGCAUUAAGUUUUAUACACAGUAAAUCCUGCUUAGAAAUCUUCAGAUUUCGAAAAAAAAAAAGGACUGUAGUUUUCACUCAUUCAGCUUCUUUUUUUCAGAUUAUAGGUCAUGUAGACUUAACAGUAGCAUGUUAGUGUAAACACGGUGAAGUCAUUGAUCGUCAGCAACUAUCUCCCUCUAGUGUUUCAACAUUGUUAUAACCUUCUGCUGAUCCAAAGCUUUUUCAGUGUUUGUGUGCAGUUUUUUUUUUUUUUUUUGGGCUUUUACAUACUGUCUGAUUCUGACAUGUGUAGUCAGGUCGCAGUGUGUAACAUUUGGAUGUAGGCUGGGACAGUUUUUGCACUCCCUGAGAUGUAGCUUUGCUUGAGUGACAGUAUGAUCGUUAUUUACAUGCUAUUUAUUUCAUCAGAUACUGUAUUUAUAUUAUAUUUGUAUAUAGUGACUCCACACAUAUCAUAUGAUCGAUGAAGGAAUACUUUAAAUUGUUAUGCUGUGAAUAUAAUUUUUUUUUUUUUGUCUCUCUUGCUUUUAUGUUGAAUUCUAGUUUUGCAUCCCAGGCUCUUGUAUUGCAAGAAAUCUGUUUAACUUUAUUCUGAAAUAAUAAAAAUGUCUUUUCAAGGUUAAAAAAAUGUAGCAUUUGAAAAAUAAGAAUUUGUUUUUCGUUUAGCUGAUAUGAUGAACGUAGUUGUCCUGCAUGCACACAGCAGCUGCAUGUUGUGCAUGUCUGACUGGACGCUCCCUGUUCCCCCUCCCUCUGCUUCUCUAUAUUAAUAUUGUCUCUGUAGCUACCAGGAGGCUCUGUUAAAAGGCAUAUAAACAAUACUUUGUCCAUCAAAUCUGGAACGUUAGUCUGUUGGUGUACGGUACAAAGUCAAGCAUAGUCUUUAGGCUGUGUCAUCUGCAAAACAGUCUUUUGUUAUGCUGUGUUGGACAUUAGGCAGGCCUCAGUGGAAACAGAGGACAUUCCUCAUAAAACAAUAACCUUGUUCCAGAUUGAUUAGAGGAAAUGUUUUCAGGCUUUGCUUUUGGGGAAAUGUGUCCUUUGCACUGCACUUGUAAUUCUGAGUGUCUGUGUCAUGUACAGGUUUGGGAAGAUUGAAUGCUAUGUUUGUAUUGUAAUAUUAUUUUUGUGUAUUUGUUUGUGUGUUUAUUUAUUUGUUUGCAUUUUUCACUUGUAGGUGCAGGAGAAAUAAAUUCAACAUGCCUUA